CGUAUGUUACUAGAAGACUGGCCAUUUGGCACAUUGAUGUGCAAAUUGGGCCCAUUUAUUCAAGCCCUCUCUGUAUUUGUGUCGACCAUUUCGAUGACAAUAAUAGCUAUCGACAGAUACCAAGUAUUGGUGGGUUUGUUGAGACGUCGGUUCACAACUACAGUACCGACGGGUUUGAUAAUACUUGUGAUUUGGUUAACGGCCGGACUCUUAUCCAUUCCUUACGCCUAUUUCAAUGAAAUCGUUGAAUUGUUUACAUUCAAAAUGUUUAUUCGCUGUCGUGUUGUAUAUCCAGAACCCAAAGACAAGUACCGCAAAUGGAUUACCGUUUUAGCGUUUUUCACUCAAUACUCGAUACCAUUGUUAAUCAUAUCGGUUUGUUAUACGCGUAUAGGAGUGCAUAUCUGGAAGAGGGAAGGCAUCGGUGCUUUGACUCAACAGCAGAGGUCGGAUCAAAAUCAAUCCAAACUAAAGACAAUUAAAAUGUUGAUUACAGCUGUAGUUGUAUUUGCAAUUUGUUGGCUUCCGCUAAACAUUCUUCACAUAAGAGCUGAUUUUGGUUUUGGGAAUUACAGCUUUAAUAUAUUAAUGAUAUGUCAUUGGAUUGCAAUGAGUUCUGUCUGUUAUAACCCAUUCAUUUACUUCUGGCUAAACAAAGACUACAACGAAAGGGCAAAGUAUUUGUUGAAAAUGUGUUUUACAAUCAAUUGUAGUCACAGACAGACACCAGAGAUAACUCAAGACUUGACUCAUAACCAGCUAAAUGAACGACAAAUGGUCGGCAUUCAGAAGACUAGAGUCAAGAGAUCCAACGCUAUGAAGGCCUCGAAGACUAAGUGCGGGAACCGUUUGUUUGGCGUAAUGUGUGUUCGUUCGUCCGUCAGUUCCACUGAUUCUUCACACGAUAACCAUUUCAUCAAUAGUGCCGACAAUCAACAUGUUGUCAAUGACGUCAAUCAGACCGAUAUUAUAGCCAAUGGUGAAGAGUCAACAUUAUAA